AUGUCUUACGCAUAUCUUUUUAAGUACAUUAUUAUAGGAGAUACGGGUAAGCGAAAUAUCACAGAGUAUUUUUCCUUCUUUGUGCAGUGAUUUUCGCAAGAAUACGGGCUAAUAUUAGAAGCCUAAUUCAAAGAUCAAAAAUGGACGCUAUUGAUCAAUGUUGUGGUUUUCAAAAUCAUUUGUUCAUAGUGUUGGACUGAUUUUGUCGAUUUUCUCUGAUUCAGGAGUUGGAAAAUCAUGUCUCUUACUGCAGUUCACAGACAAACGUUUUCAACCAGUCCACGACCUCACAAUAGGUAAGGUUGCCUCUAAAAUAUGGCGCUACGUUCAAGCGCUACCCGGCGUUCAUUCGGAGUUCAUUGAUCACGAGCUUGAAUUUUUAAGGUCUAGUUUUCUCGUGUUCUUGACGGCUUAUGAUUGAUUUCUGUUAUUUCUCUUUUCUGUCAGGUGUUGAAUUCGGUGCGAGAAUGAUUACUAUCGAUGGCAAACAAAUAAAAUUGCAAAUCUGGGAUACGGUAAGUUUAAAUUAAAUUUGAAUCUGUUCGCCAUUAUUGUGCUUGACAGCAUAUAAACUCACAAAGAAAAUUUCAAAGAACACUUGUCUUAUCAGUACAUUAAAAAUGAAACAGCUUCUUUGGAAUUUUCUUUGUAUGAUCAUAAACGCCAUGUUUCUCUGUGCUAUGGCUGAACUGAAUUUUCGGUUUGAAUUGAAAGCCACAUCAAACAAAAUUGUAUUCAAGAACGUCCAAAGAACUUUCGCGAAUCAGCUAGGAGCAUUCUUAAUUUUUUUGUUUGGAAAGUUAUCUUUUCACAUUUUUCUUUUAGACUCUUCCUGUCAAUUAGGCUUUGAAAAUCUCAAAUUUCAUGCAGUUUUUAAGUAUUUCAUUGGGAAAAAUACGAAAAGCUUUUUUUCGCGGGUUAUUAUUUUGGUUCAUGAAUAAAAAGGAAAUAAUUCCUCAAAGCUCAAUAUUCUAGUGAUUUUGCUGUUGAAAAGGAAAGUCAAGAAAGAGCAAGAAAUUAAGUGGCAUUAGAAAUAUUUUUUUCAUAGAGUAAGACUUUUUAUUUUAGUGUAUAUGUUUUUUUUUUUUAGUCAGUGUAAUCAAGAGGUGAUAAUCUGGGUUUCUUUGGCAAAUUUAUCUAAAGCGUUUGCAUUUGGAGAUUACUCACAGUGGAUGUCAUGUUUCCUUAAUCCUAACUAAUAUUGUUAGAAUUGAAAAUCAAAUAUCAUCAUGUUUUCAACCAUAUGAUGUAGCCUUACAGUUUUGCAUCCUUUUUCCUUUCUCAUUCAAUUUAAAUUAUAGUUCAUCUCACCUUGUAAGAAUUGGAAUAAAAUUUUGUAUAAUUUGGUCCAACAACAUGUAGCCAUUUAGCUGAUUGUGGAAAAGAGACAAAAAAGAAAUUUUUGAUUGUGGUCAUUGCAGGCUUGCUUUGAUGCGAUUUUGAAAAAAAGAAAAAAAAAAAGUGAAGGUGACUUGGUGUUAUCCUUCCAAGUGCAUGCAGCACAUGUAGAAGUGAUGUCCUUUAAUCUAGUCUCAAGAUAUUUUGGAAAGAUGCAAAGGGUGAAACUCAAAAUGUUAAUUUUCAGAAGACAAAUGUUAACAAAACUGUUUGUGAAGUCGGACUAUGUUUUUUAUUAUUUUCGUAUUCUGGUAUUGCAUUCUCACAUCUUUAAAAUGCCAGUCUAGUUGCUUGCUAAGAAGCAUAGACUGCAUUUUUGUUAUGUAGUUGUAUAGCUAAAAAUGUGUUGUUUUUACACAGGCUGGUCAAGAAUCUUUCCGGUCCAUCACACGUUCAUACUACCGGGGAGCAGCAGGGGCUUUGUUAGUCUACGACAUCACACGGUUAGUUACAUGUACCUUCCAAGUCAGGAAGGUUAAAAAAUUCCAUCUUAAUCCACCUCUCACUCAAACUGGGACUUAAGAAGCAGUAGUUUUGAAAGAGGAAAAUGACUUAUUCUUUCUUGUAAAUGCUCUUUUUCCUUUUUUUUUUUUUUGUAAAUGCUCUUGAAGGAAGGAGAGGUUCAAAUAACACUGUUGCUUUGAAAAAACACUUAUUGCACAUGCAAUGCAUGUGUAUGCCUUCAGUGACUCUGCCAUAACUUGCAUAGGAAAUGUGAGAACAUUAAGUCAACAACAUGUCAUUACCAAUCCCAGAAUUUUUUUCUAAAUUUUGCUCACAAUUAUUUAUCUUAAAUACUCUGCUGUUAUAUUUGAAACAUUGAAGACUCAUAUAGUAUUAUCAUUGAUGUUCAAGCAUGUUGUGUUAGCUUGUCCAAGCAUGUGAUGAUCUGUUGAGAAAAAAAACAAUACUUCAACUAGAAGUGCAUUGUUUAUUUUAAAGUCCUUGCUGUAUCCGAAUAUUUUCAACCAUUUGUUCCUAUAAGAUAUAAAUAUUUUUAUAGUGUGUGUUGUUGCCAGGAAAUAAGUUGGAACACAGGGAGUUGCAUUCAUUGGAUGUCUGUGACUUAAGUUUGUGUUUUGAUUUUCACUUUCUGUCUACCUUUUGACAAGUGAGUUAAAGAAAAAUGAUAUGAAAUCUUUUAAGUUUGAAAAAAGAAGUUCUGUUCCUGACUCUUCUUGGUCUCUCCACAGGAGGGAUACGUUUAAUCAUCUGACAACAUGGUUGGAAGAUGCUCGGCAGCAUUCAAGUUCAAACAUGGUUAUCAUGUUGAUUGGAAACAAAAGGUGAAGUCCUUAGAAGAACUUAAAGCCAAAUUUAGGGAAAAAAAACCUGAAUAAACAUCAGGGCUAAAACUAAGUACCUCAUAACUUUCCAAUUUUUUUUUUUUGUCAAUAACUGUCACCUUCAAUUGCUUCAGGACCUUUUGUUGGUGGUGGGUUUUGUUAUGACUCUCAACCUGCUUGUUACAAAUCAAAUGCCAUGGUUAUCAAAGUUUUGUCCAAAAAGUGAAAUUUAAUAAUUGAGUUUAGACAAAGAGUUAUUAGAGUGGUGGACAGUGUUAUAGACUAAUGGAUAGAUAUUACCUCUUAUGAUUGCUGUUGUUAGUUUUAGCCUCUUACAUGCAUCUUUUCUUCUGCAGUGAUCUUGAAGCUCGCCGAGAUGUCAGAAAAGAAGAGGUAAACUUGAAAAGGUUUAAAUGUUUUGACAUCAUUGUCUUGUGUUAUAAGAAAUUUUUUUUUUUACUUCUACACUCUUUAAAUAAUAUAUGAUUGCAAUGAGAAAGAACUUUAAAAGAAACUUAAUCUUUAAUCUCUCUUGUUUUAGGGUGAAGCAUUUGCUCGCGAACAUGGUCUAAUUUUCAUGGAGACCUCUGCAAAGACUGCAGCGAAUGUAGAAGAGGUGAGAUCAUUGAUAAAUUAUUAGUGACAGCUAAAUCCUGUGAUUGUGUUUUUUUUUUCUUGCUCUCAGAAUGUUUAAAUAUACUUGUGUCAGGGUGUGUGGUGAGAGUCACAUGUCAACUUUCUAUUGUGGUUUAUUUAUGUACUUUAUUUAGUGGAAGGUCACUGGGUCUUGGGAAAGGUUGACAUUUCUUACUAUGAUUUCAGCAAACUGCUUGCAAGAAAAACUUGAUAUUUCUUCUAUUAUUAUCAGUGAUCUUUGCUAUCCCCUCCCCCUCCCCCUCCCCCUCAACCUCCUAGCCAUUGAGGAUAUUGAGUUUUAUCCUGGAUAAUUUUUGCAAUUUAUGAAUUCUUCCUUUCUUUAUACCAAUGGAUACAAAAUCUUGGGUGAACAAAUAUUUUUGGCAUAACUCUGCAUCUACACAGUAAUGUCCAACACUGAAUGAGGAAUCAUUGUGCAAUAACCUUCUUCAGGUUUUUGUCCAAAAUUAAACUGUCUUUCAACAAAUAUUCCACUAAAUUUCUCAGAUAAUACAUUAGUCUGUAAUGUUCCAACAGUAUUAUCCAUGAGGAAAAUGUUUUCAGAAAACCAGUCAAAGAUGAGUGUUCCAUGACCUUUUAUCAAACUAUACACAAAAGGAAUUUGUCUGUGUUGUAUAGAUCAAUGUGCUAAGUAGAGAGGUACAGGUAUGAAUAACUGUUAAUCUGUCAAUCUAUGUUUUAGGCUUUCAUUAACACAGCUAAGGAAAUCUACCAAAAAAUCCAAGAGGGUGUUUUUGAUAUCAACAAUGAGGUGAAUAUUUCUUGGAAUUCAGCUUUGGUUAGCACUUAAAACAAAUAAUUUCUUGACAUGUGCAGUGUAAGUAAUAUUUCAGGAGGUAAAGGGCGACCUGAAAAAACACUUGAGGAGUGGGUGGGUGGGUGGGUGGCUAUGGGAAGGUAACCUGUGAUGGACUGACUUUUCAUCAGUAAGGACCAGGACCAGCAGUACUGCGUUACUUAGAACUUUUACUAAUCAUCUUCAGUUAUUGACAGUAGGAGACAGUGCAAAUGGAAAUAGUUCUUCUGAAGAACAUGAAACUCAAAAAGCUGAACUGAGCAGUAGGCUACAACAUUCUUUAUUUCAAAAAUGUAUUUUUAUGUGAGAGAGCCAUUGGCCUAGUGGUCAGUGCCCUGCACUUGGGACCAAAGGUUCAGGGUCAAGCCUUGAAAAGGUCAUUGUGUUCUUGGACAGGACAUAGAACCCUCACAAUGCCGUUCUCCACCCAUCCAUCUAAAUGGGUAUUGGCAAACUGUUAGGGGGAAAUCAGUGCCAAGCAGUUUUUUUUUGUGUUUGAUUAUUAUCCCAUCUGGUAGGAGAAGUAAUAUUCCUUUUAAGUUCUUUCUAAUGAUAGCAGAGAGUGCAAUCUGUGGCCCUGACAAAGACCCUUUUUACCUUUUAGGCAAAUGGAAUCAAGAUUGGCCCUCAGCAUUCACCAUCUAAUCCCUCUGUGCCCUUGGGAGGUGGCCGUGCUCAAGACAGUGGUGGCUGUUGUUAAAGAAAUGUUACACAAGGCUCUGAAUGAACUGUUCAAUUUAUUUUCCAUAGAUCUUAAACAAAAUUCUUCAAAUUGAAUUGCUUGGUUCAGUUUCAAGGAGAUGAGUAAACUUGAUUGAUAGUUAGUACAACUGCAAGUGGAGGCCUGAUACCAGUAAUGUUGUGAAAUGGUUAAGUGAUGAAUUUUAUGUAAGGUGGGGUGGAGAGCCAGCUGGGUGUGGUUUUCUCAAGUCUACCCAUUGGGCCUUCCCAAAACAUAACUUCUUUUACCAGCUCCUUGUUUAAUUUUUCUUGGUGUGCUCAUUAACCUUUAGGGAAGGGCAAAAUUUCUUGCAAAUAUAUUGGCGGAAGAAACUUGAGUUGUUUUUAAGGUUUAAGCAUGCCUUUCUUCUUGGGAAUAUUGAAAUUCAGUUUAGGUUAAAUCAUUCUUUAGUUUUCUUGUCUUUAUUUUCCACUUCAAAAUUUCCUUUCAAAUAACUUAUCUGAAAAUUAUUGUUCAAUUUCUCAAUUGAGAAGCAUACAGAUAUGUAAUGUUAGUUGUACAAUAAGUUCUUGCAUC